AUGCUGGGGACAAGCCCAACCAUCUCCUUCAGUGCCUGCAUCCUCCAGUUGUUCUUUCUUCUCUCCCUAAGCUCCACUGAAUGUUUUCUCCUGUCUGUCAUGGCCUACGACUGCUACUUAGCCAUAUGCUGCCCCCUGAGAUACAGCUCCCUCAUGAGCAGUGUCCUCUCUGCUCAGCUGGUGCUCAGCUCCUGGCUGGGAGGCUUUCUGGCCAUCUCACUGCUGGCCUUGCUGGCAUCCAGGCUGAUGUUCUGUGGGCCACACGUCAUCAAUCAUUUUCUCUGCGAUAUCGAUUCCUACCUUGCCCUCUCCUGCAGUGACACGUGGCCUGUGGAGCUGGCAACCUUCCUUGUCUCCAUCAUAGUUGUGGUGGCCUCCUGUGUGCUCACCCUGGUCUCCUCCCUGUACAUCAUCUCUGCCAUCCUGAGGAUCCAGUCAGCCCAUGCCCGGAAGAAGGCCUUUUCCACUUGCUCUGCCCAUCUCAGUGUUGUCACCAUCUGGUUUGGCUCCACCAUGUUCCUGUAUGUCAAACCAUCAGCCCACAGCUCCCUGGACUUGAACAAGCUCGUUAACACCUUUAACACAGUUGUCACUCCUGUGCUGAACCCCUUCAUUUACACCCUCAGGAACCAAGAAGUGAAGCAAGCUCUGUGGAGGGCUUUACAGAAGAAGUGA